AAUUUGCUUCUAUACCAGCCUGAGAGAGAUCAAUAUCAGUCUGAACUUUUACGUCUCCGGCUCACAAAUCUCAAUGGAGAUGACGGAUCACGCAGACAUCCGUAUUUUGGUUCAACGUUGUUACCAGAUGAUAGUGUACCCGUCAGGCUUACUUCUGUUUAUGGAUUACCGCAUCUUUUGAGAUUAUUCGAUUGCUUUGCUGCAAAAUUGGCAAACUUACCCGCGGACUCCGGGAACAUCUUGGCUCUGAAAGUGAUGUCAUCGGAUUUUGUCUCAUUUCUUGAAGAGAACCGGGAGAAGUAUUUCAGCGUUCGAAGAGACUAUGAAGCACAGGAGUAA